AUGGCAUAUAAUACCUCAAAGAAAGUCGUUAUCGUCGGCGGCUCCCUGGGCGGUCUUUUCACAGGCAUCGUCUUCGGCGCCGGCAUCGCAUUCUACCUGAUGAUCCCUCCUAUCCAAGAAGCGAUGAAGAACCUCGGUACCUCAGGCGCUCCUAUCGUGGAUUUUCUGGAACAAUAUGAUGGGACCAAAACUCCGACUCUUACCGCAGAUGGAAUUCAGUAUCUGAAUAAGGAUGGGAGUAUUAAGUUCACGACAGGGGGAGAUGGAAUAACAGCUCAAGUUGCGAGUUGGGAUUUGUUGUACAAUAUUUUGAGGGCUAAUUUUGACGGUGGGCAUGAAGCGGGUUAUGUUGCCGCUCCUCCGGAGAUGGAGGGCGAUGGGGUAGCGAACUAUGUUUCUGAUGUGAGAGUCACUGACCUGACGGAAGUUGAUGAAUUGGUGGAAGUUGGAUAUGAGAGUGUGGAUGGAAGGAAGGGGGCCUUGCAGGCUGAUAUUGUCAUUGGCGCUGAUGGGCCGAGUUCUACAGUGAGGAAGCUUUUGCUUCCUGAGGUCGAGAGAACUUAUGUGGGGUAUGUUACUUGGAGAGGGACGGUCAAGGAAAGUCUACUUUCAGAUGAAACUAGAACCUUACUCGGCACCAAGUCUUGCAUCGCCUUUACCAGGGGGUCCCAGGUCGUAUGUUAUAAGAUCCCUGGCUUGAAAGGAUCCCUUGUUCCUGGGGACUUAUUCGCCAACCUCGUUUGGUACCAAAACCACGACCAGGCCGAACUCAAAAGGAUACUCACUGACAGCGAUGAUGUCUCACAUAAGUACUCGCUAAAAAUUGGAAAGAUCGAUCCGAAAGUCAAGGAGGAGCAGGGAAAAGUAGCAGCAGCCAUUUUUCCACCACAACUUGCAGAAGUCUGGCAGAAAAUCGAAUCUCCUUUCAUCCAAGCAAUUACUGACAGCUUGACUACAAAAUCAGUCUUCAUGAAUGAGAAGGUGUUCUUGGUUGGAGAUGCGGUGGCCACGUUGAGGCCUCACACUAGUGCCGGAACCUCCCAGGCUGCAAUGAAUGCGUUGUUCUUGAAGAAGGUAUUUGAUAAGGAAGGUGGAAUGAGCAUCGAGGAGCGGGAGAAGACUACAGUCGGGUGGGCGACUUUUGCAAAGAAAUUGGGAGUGCAAAUGGGGAAUUUGAGUCAAUUUGGGGACCAUCCGAUGGCGGAUAAUGGAGAGCUUUCCAGCAAGAUGUAGAGCAUCUUUGAAGGUUCACUGUCAAUGAAUAGAUAAUGUUUGCG